GGGUAUGACAGUUGUUUCGCCAGGACACAGGGUGGCGCUAGCGUGCCGUUACACUCCAGCAACGAUGAGUGAGUGAGCGUGUCAGAGUGAGAGUCAAACAGGACCAGCCUGAAGUGCACUGUGCACACCGGGACAUAGGCAGCAAACGUCGUGAAGGCGUGUAACAUGAACGCACAUCCUGUUGUCAUCGUUUCUGCCGCACGGACACCAAUUGGGUCCCUCAAUGGUUCUUUGUCCACGGUACCUUUGCCUGACCUGUGUUCAGUGGUGAUAAAAGAUGUCCUAAAGCGGGCAGAAGUGAAGUCGGAAGAUGUGUCAGAGGUCAUAAUGGGCCAUGUCCUGACAGCAGGUCAUGGUCAGAACCCAGCGCGUCAGGCCAGUGUCGGGGCAGGUAUCCCCUACUCUGUACCAGCGUGGAGCUGCCAGAUGGUGUGUGGCUCUGGGCUUAAAGCUGUUUGCCUGGGGGCUCAGUCCAUCCAGACUGGAGAGUCUACUGUGGUAGUGGCGGGGGGCAUGGAGAGUAUGAGCAGGGCUCCUCACAUGCUGCACAUGAGGGCAGGAGUAAAACUGGGAGACGCCGCCCUGCAGGACUCCAUGGUGGCAGACGCUCUGACGGACGCCUUUCAUGGAUACCACAUGGGCAUCACAGCGGAGAACGUGGCCAAGCAGUGGGGCAUCAGUCGUGAGGCACAGGACCUGUUCGCUGUCGGGUCGCAGAACAAAGCCGAAGCUGCGCAGAAAGCAGGAUACUUCCAGCAGGAGAUUGUUCCAGUGGCGGUGCCGUCUCGGAAAGGGCUGGUGGAAGUGACAGCGGAUGAGUUUCCUCGACAUGGCAGCAACCUUGAGAGCAUGUCCAAGCUCAAAUCCUACUUCAUUAAGGACAGCAGUGGCACCGUCACCGCUGGGAACGCCUCAGGUAUUAACGACGGCGCAGCCGCCACAGUGCUCAUGAGCCAAUCAGAAGCUUCGAGGCGGGGCAUAGCACCCAUGGCCAAGAUUGUGUCGUGGGCUCAAGCUGGCAUCGAUCCAUCCAUCAUGGGAACUGCACCAAUACCUGCUAUCAGGAAAGCGGUUGAGAAAGCUGGAUGGCAGCUGGACCAGGUAGAUCUAUUUGAGAUCAAUGAGGCAUUCGCUGCACAGUCCGUCGCGGUGGUUAAAGAACUCGGACUAAAAGAAGAAAAGGUAAAUGUCAAUGGUGGCGCUAUUGCACUGGGUCACCCUGUGGGGAUGUCAGGCUGCAGAGUGCUGGUGACGCUGCUUCACAACCUCCAGAGGACAGGGGGCAGAAAGGGAGUAGCGUCCCUGUGCAUCGGAGGAGGGAUGGGCAUCGCCAUGUGUGUGGAGGUCUGACACGUGCAUCUUAAAUCAGGGAUGCUAAUAUUUGCACUGCCAGUGCUCAUGACACCAAAACACGUUAUUUCUGCCGUGAAAAAUAGCUGAUUCUCGAUGUGAAUUGCUAGCUAAACAUGGAUCACUGUCACUUGGGGGUGGUGGGGGCACCGUAGGCCGUGUCAAAAUCACUUCAUCUCACUCAUUUUAAUUGGCGGGUAACAGCAGUAUGACAAAACAAUUGCGUACUUUGAUUUUAUUUUUAAACUUUUUUUGGUGUCAUGUGCACUUUAAGUUGUGCAAUGUAACAUGUUUACCUGCCUGACACUGGUGACCUUGCUUUUCUCACUGUACUCUACCCAACUGACUUACAGCAUUUCCUCCAAUGACAUACCCCUAAUACAUGCCUGCUACUCCCUGCAGUUGAGUAAAUUGACACCUCAGCCAUAGAAGUACAGUAGUUUUAAUAGAAGCCACCUGCAUCAUGUAUCCAUCUAGUGCUUAUUUGCUGACACUGAAAAGCUUGAACAGUUUCUCUCUUGCUCUUAAAUCAAGACAUUCCACAUGUGCCAUGCAGUUAUCGCUGCCUUUACUCUAGUACUUCCUGUAAAUAUCCUGACAUGAAGCAAUAAAACCUAAAGCAGU